UACCUCGUCUACUUCUUACAAAACUCUUGCAUCCUUCAUUCAUUCUUUUAAAAAAAAUGAUUGCGUUAGAUUUGUUCUUGAGAAUUCUUCUACUGGGCAGUGCAAUAAAUUUCACAAUUGCAUCACAUCUCUUUAGGAAUAAUACGGAUAGUGCAGAGCUUGUGUCGAAUUACGAAUCUAGUUUGUCUCUACCGGAUAUUUUGCCCUUGAGGAUAAAACAGUACGACAAGAAUCGCGCCCCGAAGCUUCUUGGACAGCCCACUGUUGUCUACUUUCACGUAACUGUUCUCUCUUUGGACUCCAUCAAUGAGGAAUCGAUGACCUACGUAACGGAUAUUUUUCUAGCACAGAGCUGGAGGGAUCCUCGACUCCGGUUACCGGAGAAUAUGAGUGAGGAGUAUAGAAUUUUGGAUGUGGACUGGCUUCAGAGUAUUUGGCGUCCGGAUUGUUUCUUCAAGAAUGCCAAAAAGGUCACAUUCCACGAAAUGAGCAUCCCAAACCACUACCUCUGGCUGUACCACGAUAAAACCCUCCUUUACAUGUCCAAGCUCACCUUGGUCCUGUCAUGCGCUAUGAAAUUCGAAUCUUAUCCUCAUGAUACGCAAAUUUGUUCAAUGAUGAUUGAGAGCCUAUCCCAUACGGUUCAGGACUUGGUAUUCAUUUGGAAUAUGACGGAUCCUUUGGUUGUUAAUUCGGAGAUUGAACUGCCUCAGUUGGAUAUUGCAAAAAACUAUACAACAGACUGUACGAUUGAGUACUCAACGGGUAACUUUACGUGCCUUGCUGUUGUCUUCAACCUCCGUCGACGACUGGGCUAUCAUCUCUUUCACACCUACAUCCCAUCUGCCCUAAUUGUGGUCAUGUCUUGGAUAUCUUUUUGGAUUAAACCCGAAGCAAUCCCAGCUAGAGUCACUCUAGGUGUUACGAGUCUCCUAACUCUUGCUACUCAAAACACUCAGUCCCAACAAUCCCUUCCACCUGUUUCCUACGUAAAGGCAAUCGAUGUUUGGAUGUCUUCGUGCUCUGUCUUUGUCUUCCUUUCCCUCAUGCAAUUUGCCGUUGUUAACAACUACAUGGGCCCCAUUGCAACAAAAGCCAUGAAAGGAUACUCAGAUGAAGAUCUAACUGAUGUUGAUGAGUACAAGAAUGGAAAAUCUAGGCCCAGUGUUUCCCUUCCGCAGUACGAAACCUACUGCUAUGGCCGAGAAACAGCCAUAUGUAUCGAUAAAUUUUCCAGAUUCUUCUUUCCAUUUAGCUUCUGUAUCCUCAAUAUUGUGUACUGGUCUACUUUUAUGUAAAGAAAUCAUUUCUUUGUGUUUCAAUAAAUUAAGAUUGACGCUA